UUCUUCUAAGCACAUAAUUUUUCCACUCCUUCCUUCCUUGUAUAAGCACACAAAUCCUUUCAUUCACAUGGAAGACAACACUAACCCUAAUCCUAACCCUAACCCUAAUCCCAUGGAAACAGUAGCUGUAACAGUCACCGAAGAAGAAGCUAAACCUAAUAGAGAAGUUCCAGAGAAAAAGAUGACAGAUAAAGCAAUCCAAGUGAAAAACAUUGCUGGCUUGAUCUCAAUAAUAACCUUCAUUCUUUCUCUUCCAAUCCUAGCUUCAGUUAUAUGGCUACUCUACAUGAAAGAUUAUGAUUGUGAGAAGCUCUUGACCUUACCAAAAUUACAGAUUGGGCUAGGAGUCGGCCUGGUCUUUGUUUUCUUGAUUAGUAAUGCUGCUGUCUUCCUAAGCAGGCGAUUUCCAGUGCCAGGUUUUUUUAUAGUUAUGGUACCCUUGAUUGUUAUAUUUACAAUGGGACUCGCACUUGUGGGAGGUUACAAGAUGGAGAGUAGAAGAAUAAUGGCUACACCAAUGUGGUUCAAAGAAAAAGUUCGUGAUGAAAGCUACUGGACAAAUAUCAAAUCUUGUAUCUAUAGCAAAGGCCUUUGCGAUGACUUGGCAUAUAGAUCACUGGCUGUCAAAGCAUUUGAUUUCAGUACAAGAAAAUUAUCAUCUGUUGAGUCUGGAUGCUGCAAACCACCAAAUUCAUGUCAAAUGGAGUAUGUAAAUGCAACAUAUUGGACGAAGGCCGACAAGAUUGGGGACAUGGAGGAAAAAGCUCAAGUAUAUAAUAGGGAUUGUGAUUUAUGGAAUAAUAGCAGAACCGCCCUAUGUUAUGACUGUGAAUCUUGCAAAGGAGGGUUUGUUGAAAUGCUUGAAAGCAAAUGGUGGAGAUUAGGUGUCUUCCUCAUUUUAAUGGCAUUGCUUCUCAUCCUUGCUCAUAUGCUAUUAUUCAUUGCUGUAAUGUGGGGGCACUACAAUGGAUCAUAGAAAAAGAAACACACUUUAGACCUUAAAGAGCAUAAAUAGGUUAGACCUGAGACAGCGGAACUAGCUACCACCCUUUUUUUUUCCUUUAUAUAAGUAUUUUUUGUAGUUCUUCCUUUUCUUUUAGAUAGUUUGCUUUUUCUUCUCUGCAAUAAAGAUCAUAGGAUCUUCUUUUGUUC